GGCACAAUGGGUUUGGCUGUUUUUGAGAAUGAUAAAAAUUUGUCAUUUAAUGGGGUGGACAAAAUAGUGGACGACGUUUAUAAGGACAACCUGAACUUCCUGCAAAAGAGCAAGAGCGAACUGGAGCGGAAAGAAACCGACCAAUUCAGUUUCAGCAUCGAUAACCUGCUGAUUCUGCUGGAAGAGGAGGAACAGCGGCGCCACGGCGAGAGGGAUAAAAUGAAGGAAGCCUUUCAAAACAUAGCUUUGCAGCUAAAAAACGUGAAAAAAUCAGUUAAGAAGGCGGAGAAAUAUCUUGAGAAAAAGGAAAACGGGGAGAUGAUUGCGGGCUCGCACCAGGCGCUGGAGGACAUCAAAAAGCGCAUCGAUGAAUUGUGAAGCGGCACGCGCCGGUGCGCGGCGUGUCUGCGUUUUCGUUUGCAUUUGCGCUGUACUUUCGUUUGCAUUUGUGUGACGGGGAGUGUUUCCUCUCCCUGUCCCCCUUUCCAUGCUGUUCCCUUCCUUUUUUUUAAACCUUUUCACAUACGAUCACUCAUCAUGUGGAUGGUGUAUGGCGUCCAAACGGGCGUUUAAGCGUAAAGGCUAAACGAAAC